AUGGAUUGGUGGGAGAAGGCGGUCCUGCCGCCGGUGAAGCGAGCCUGGGUCGCCGUCGCCGCCGCCGCCGCUUCCCGAGCCAAGCCCGGUAGGAAGAUCGGUGAGCCCUCUUCCUUCUUUCCUUCCCGGUGACAUCUCUCUCUCUCUCUCUCUCUAUCUCUAUCUCUUGCCGGUCUAGUUUGUAGAGAGGGAAAGGGAGAGACUGGUUCGGAAUUCCUAAAUCGAAUCGACGCUGGAGGAUCGGAUUCACGGAAGAUCGACCUCUUUUUGGGGAAGGAUAGGAACCCCAGAGAGAGAGAGAGAGAGAGAGAGAGAUGGACGCGGGUGGCGCCGCCGCUGCGCCGCCGCUGCGCCGCCGCAACGGUUGUCGGUGGGGUGGGGAUGGUCGUUGACUGGGUUGUGCGUGUGGGCAGGGACGGGGAUAGAGAAGCUGGAAGACGACGUGCAGACGUGCGAGUACGAGGACGUGCAGGUGAUGUGGGAGAUGCUGAGGACGGAGAUGGAGAUCUCCUCGCAGAGGCCCAAGCGCAGGCGCGCGCCCCUCGCCAAGGCCUUUGUCUGGUUCGACCGCCCGGCGGCGCCGCCACCGGCUCACGGAGGUCUAUGCACAGAGCCCCGCGGAGGACGGCCGGAGAAGCGCGAGGUUCGCCGGCGCCGCCCUCUGCGUCGACCGCUGCCUCCCCAAGUGAACCACCACCACCGCCGCCGCCGGCGCCGCCUCCCCAGCUGUAUAGACGCCCUCUCUCUCUCAAUAGGUUCCUAG